GCUCGCUCGCACGCGCCCCGACGGUGCCCCGCGUCGACCCCGGCCGUCCUUCCGGUCCCCCGCGCCGGCGGCCGUCCCGCUGAGACAUGAUGUUCACGUCCAAGUCCAACUCGGUGUCGCCGUCGCCGUCCCUGGAGCAGACCGACUCGGACGCGCUGGACAUCAGCACCAAAGUGCAGCUGUACGGGGUGCUGUGGAAGCGGCCCUUCGGGAGACCGUCGGCCAAGUGGUCCCGGCGGUUUUUUAUCAUCAAAGAGAGCUUUCUGCUUUACUACUCUGAGAGCGAGAGAAAGAGCUUUGAAUCCAAUAAGUACUUCAAUAUACAUCCCAAGGGGGUCAUUCCUCUGGGCGGCUGCCUGGUAGAGGCCAAGGAAGAGCCCAGCAUGCCCUACGCCAUGAAGAUCUCACACCAGGACUUUCAUGGGAACAUCUUGCUGGCUGCUGAGUCCGAGUUUGAGCAGACGCAAUGGCUGGAGAUGCUGCAGGAGUCUGGGAAGGUGACUUGGAAAAAUGCCCAGCUGGGAGAAGCCAUGAUCAAAAGCCUGGAAGCCCAGGGGCUGCAGUUGGCUAAGGAAAAGCAGGAAUAUUUAGACAAACUGAUGGAAGAGACAGAAGAACUCUGCCUACAGAGGGAGCAGAGAGAGGAGCUUGAACGCCUGAACCAGGUGCUGGAGGCUGAGAAGCAGCAGUUUGAGGAGGUGGUGCAGGAGCUGAGAGUGGAGCAGGAGCAGAUCAAGAGGGAGCUGGAGCUCACGGCCAGAUGCCUCAAGGGUGUGGAACAAGAGAAAAAGGAGCUGAGGCACCUCACAGAGUCCUUGCAGCAGACGCUGGAGGAACUCUCCAUAGAAAAGAAGAAAACCCUUGAAAUGCUAGAGGAGGACAAGAACCAGCCACAGUCCCUGGCCAGUCAGAGUGAGCAGCCACCUGCCAGUGGGGGUCUCCAUAGCAACCUACGGCAGAUCGAGGAGCGGAUGCAGCAGCUGUUGGCAGAGAAGCACCUUGCAGAGAAGCGGAUGAAGGAGAAUGAAGAGCGUUCACGGGCCCUGGAGGAGGAGCGGGAAUUCUACUCCAGCCAGUCUCAGGCAUUGCAGAACUCGCUGCAGGAGCUGACAGCAGAGAAGCAGCAGGCUGAGCGGGAGCUUAAGGCUGAGGUCAAGGUCCGCAUGGACCUGGAGCGGCGUCUGCGGGAGGCCGAGGGAGCCUUGCAGAGCCUGGAACAAGGGCUCAACUCCAAGGUGCGAAACAAGGAGAAGGAGGAGAGGAUGCGGGCUGAUGUGAGCCAUCUGAAAAGGUUCUUUGAGGAGUGUAUCCGAAACGCAGAGCUGGAGGCCAAGAUGCCUGUCAUCAUGAAGAAUUCGGUGUAUAUCCACAAGGCUGCCACUCGCCGCAUCAAGAGCUGCCGCUUCCACCGGCGUCGGUCUAGCACCUCCUGGAAUGACAUGAAGCCAUCCCAGUCCUUCAUGACCUCCCAGCUGGAGGCCAACAACAUAGAAGAGCUGAAGGAGGUGGCCAAGAGGCUCAGCCGAGACCAGCGCUUCCGGGAAUCCAUCUAUCACAUCAUGGCCACCCAGCCUGGAGCAUCCUCAGCGCUUCCCCGGGGCGGAAAGUGAUAACACUACCCUGUCCCCUCCACUGCCUCCUCUCUUUCUCUGUUCUGCUGGUCUGACGCCACCUGAGGUCCAGUCUUACCCUUAAAGAACAGGGGUGCUACCCUCCCUUGGUUGCAUUCCACACUCUGCCCUUGGUUCUACACCAGGUCCAGGCAGGCCCAUGCUGGACACCUCCUGCCUGUCAUGGUGAGGUGGUGAAGAGGCCUAGCUGUGUGUGGUUUUUGUUGGUCAGGAAGUAAGGUAGGGCCUAAAGACCACAGCCUCAUUGGUGCCCACAGUCUCCCUUCUAUGACUCUCCUGCUGUGCCCCUAAUCCUCUUGUUUGAUGAAGAGUCUCACCUCCCCACCGGCAGGCCUCUCUUCCCUAUCUAACUCUUACCCAGCCUUUCCUGACCCCCUCAGCCAAGGCCCCUCAUAUUCCCCAUCCUGGGGGAGAGAAGAGAAGACUCUAGAAUAGCAGCCCCAGGCAUAUGGCAUUUCGCGUAGUUAAAUGGGCUGUAGGACCACUUGUGGGCUCCCUGGCUGCCUCUGCUGAGCUUACUUUCUGCAGGGCAGCACUCUGAGCCGGCAUAGACCCCACCACAUCCCUCUCAGGCUCUGACCGGAAGCUAGGGAUAGCGCCAAUAUUGAAGGCUGUUCUAGAAGACACAGCAAAGCUCAGCAGUGGAAGGAAGCAGGCCGGGCUCCUGUGUUAUCUACAGCCAGGCAUUAUCUCCAGCUGUCUCUGGCUGCAGUGACCCUGCUCGUUGUGAGAACAUAGAUGUCUCCCUCCUGCUCAACCACCUUGCUGCCUCCUCUCAACACAGAUACUUCAUCCACUGAAGCCACGAACCCAGCUACAUGGGGAACUUGGGCAUUAGUUGGCUGUGUGUCAUUAGACCACCAAUCUGAAGCUGGGCACCUGUGGCUCCCGCCUGUAAUCCUAGCUACUCAAGAGA